UAAAUAUUUCUUAAUGGGCAAUUUAUUUGGUAAAAGUGAUAAACAGAAAAAACAAAAAUAACAACAGCAAUCUUCUUACCCAACAAAAUCUUAAUUUCCAUCUCAAAAGAAGGAAUUGAGUGAGGGUGAAAAAAUGAGAAUGAAAUUGUAACAUCAUAGAGAUGAAUUGAGAAAUAAAAGAAAACAGAUUGAUUUAUAAAUUGAAACCUAUGAAAAAGAAUUAAGAGUACAACCAAAUUAAUUAUGAUAGACAUUAAUCUAACAAAAUAAAAGAGAUUAGGCUAAGUUUGUAUUAUAGAGAAAAUUAUUGUAUGACAAGUUUCUUGAUAAUAUUAUGGAGAAGGAAUAAAUUAUAGAAAAAUCUAUUAUUUCUGUAGAUUAAAUGCAAUCUGUAAUAUUGAUUUUAAUUAAUAGGAUAAAGAAAUGGCAGAUGUUAUUAAUUAAACAAAUGAAGUCAUGAAAGAUAUCUAAGCUUCCAUAGAUUAAGAUAAGUUAAGAGAUGCUUUUGCAGAUAUGUAAGAAUAGUAAUAGAGAAACUAAGAAAUGAAUUAAAUGUAUCAACAAUAUAAAAUUGGUGAUGAAGAUGAAAUUAAUGAAUUAUAUGGAAAAUAUGAAUAAUAGAUUUUUAAUACUAAACCAAUUUAACAAGUUCAAUAAACUUAAUUUGUACCAUUGCAAUAAUAAUAAUAAUAACAAUAACAAUAAUAAAAAUAAUAACAAUAAUAAUAAAAUGAAUAUUCAGAUAAAUUGGCAAUGUUAGAAUGA